GAGAGAGAGAGAGAGUCCCAAAGCAGUAAUGGAGGUGGUGAACAACGAGUUUGAGGUGGGCGAAUGCAAGGGCCAAAAGCUCGUUGACGGAGAGCAGAUGCCGCUGGUGCUCCGCCCAGCCGAAGCCCAAAAGCGAGGCCUAUGCUCACUGGUGGCAACGCUCAAGGCCAACAAAGAGUGGUUCGAGGAGAAGCUGCUGCAGCACAGCGCCGUCCUCUUCAGGGGAUUCGACGUGCGCGACGCCGAGGGCUUCAACGAGAUCGUCGAUGCCUUCGGGUGGGACGACAUUCGCUAUGUCGGCCCUGCGCCAAGGACUCACGUCCACAAGCGCGUGUGGACCGCCAACGAAGGACCCCUGUCCGAGUUCAUAUACUACCACCAUGAGAUGGUUCUGAUCAACGAAUUCCCCACCAAGGUGAUCCUUUUCUGCCAAGUGCCGCCGCCGGAGGGCGGUGAGACGCCCUUCGUGCCGAGCUUUCGAGUCACGGAGAGAAUGCUUGAGGAGUACCCCGACAACGUGAGGGAGAUGGAGGAGAAGGGACUGCGAUACACCUUCACUGCCGUCAGCAAGAACGACACCACCUCCAUGAGGGGAAGAGGAUGGGAGGACGCCUUCGGCACAUCCGAUCCGGUCGAAGCAGAGCGAAGGGCCAGGGCACUGGGAAUGAACAUCGAGUGGCUCCCAAACGGCGGGGCGACGACCGUCUUGGGGCCGCGGCCCUUGACUCGGGUCUUCCCGGGGAGGAAGGCAAGGCGCAUGUGGUUCAACACCGUCGUCGGCAUGCAUGGCAAGGAGACCAGCUCGGCGACCAUGGCGGACGGGUCGGAGAUACCCGAACACGUCGUGAAGAGGUGCGGCGAGAUCAUCGAGGAGGAGAGCGUGCAGUUCAAGUGGGAGGAAGGGGACGUGCUCUUCUUGGAUAAUCUGGCCUUGCUCCAUGGGAGGCGGCCUUCGAUGCCGCCGAGGAAAGUCCUCGUUGCCACCUGCAAGUGAACUGGUCCUUCCAAUAGCCCAACAAUAAAAGAUCA